AUGGGACACACUAAGGAACAGGCAGCGGCUAAUUUCGCAGACUUCCAACGCACCAUCCCCAGCUUGGAUAUUGUUCCUGGACACGCCAAAAUCCCUGAGAAUGAAGCGGCUGAUCUCGCUGCCAAAGAGGGAGCUGCCUCUAUCCCUCCUGCUCUACACAAGUUCUCAUACGCCUCGCUAAAGAGAUACGCCAAGACUCAAUCCCUAUCCGCUGCUCAGUUAUAA